UCAUGUUUUGGCCGUUAUAUCAAAAUAUUUUAGAAAAAACAUAUACCUAACACCUGUACUUUUAGUUAUUUCAAACAAAAUUGCUCAAUACUUGUAAAAACGUAACUCAGAUUAACGACUGGGAAACCAAAUUCACACUGGACACGAGUUUCCGCUUCCCUAACCUAACAUUCAUUAGUGCCCCAUUUUAGCCGGUUUUUGACCCGAUCCUGAGUCGUUUAUUUGGUUUUUAAUGGCCGCUAAAAGAGGCGCAACCAGUGAACUAAACCACGACAACUGGAACCAGGAGGAUGAGCCUGAAGAACGAGGAGAAUUCAAGAGAGCCUCAGAGGAUGCCCUGAAAACUAGAGUUAUCCGAACUGCCAAGAGACGAAAUCCCAUCAGGACAGAAGAGGAUGGAAACAAAAAAAGUGCCUUUGUAGGCUUUACAGGCUUUGGAUCUAAAUCACCUAGUAAUGACUUUUCAUUCCUCAAAGACCUUUCAAAAACAGACAAUGCCUCCAAGACAAAUGGAAUUAGCAAACCAGAAGAAACGAAAUCAACUGAUGUUGGAAACAUAUUUAAUAUAUCAAAAAGUAAUACAAAUAUAUUUGGAGCACCAGUGUCAGCGAGUAGUGCAAAUAUAUUUGGCUCUAGUGCCUCCACCACCACAACAAGCAGUAAUUUAGUUCCUAGUUUGAAUGCUAACGGAAAGACUGAGAAGUAUUGUUCGAAACUGAAAGGUUUGAAUGAGAGUGUAUCAAAGUGGAUAGUAAAAAAGGUUGAAGAGAAUCCUUUCAUUAGUUUACAGCCAAUUUUUAAAGAUUAUGAGAAGUAUUUAGAUGAAAUUGAAAAGGAGGAAAAGCAAAGUAGUGAAAAAAUCGAAGAGAAAUCAGACAAAAAAGAGGAAAGUUCUAAAGCUGUGCCUACUUUCAAUUUUAAUCCGGCCGCAGAUAAAAACACUAAGGCCAUGCCAGAUAGCACCUCAAAGGAAUCCACCAAUAAGGAAACUGUUAUACCCACAUUCAAAUUUGGCGCUCCCGCGAGUACAUCAGCUGCUACAACGGAAGCGUCAUCUGUAGCGCCCACUUUCACUUUUGGGUCAGCUAACAAUGCUAAUAGCGGUGGCAGUAAAACUUUUUCAUCUUUGACCUCAGCAUCAACAGUGUCAGGCGGAUUUUCAUUCGGCAGCAAUACUUCAGGAUCAGCCGGAGGCUUUACUUUUCCUACGUCCACUGGUUUCUCCUUUGGCGGAGUAAAAAAGCCCGAAUCAGAAACCCCUAAAGAAGGCGGUACAGAGGAAACCAACGAAAAUGACGAAGACGAACCUCCAAAAGUGGAAUUUAAACCGGUGGUCGAAAAGGACCAUUUGUACACAAUUAAGUGUAAAGUUUUCGUUAAAAACGAAGAUCGUUUUAGUGACAGGGGUGUCGGUAACCUAUAUCUGAAGCCUAUUGAGAACAGCGAAAAAGUGCAGCUUAUAGUACGUGCGGAUACAAACCUGGGAAACCUCCUGCUUAACCUGAUUCUCUCCGAGGCAAUCCCGACGAAGCGUAUCGGCAAAAAGGACGUGAUGCUAGUGGCCAUCCCUACGCCCGAUGCCAAACCACCUCCGACUCCCAUUUUGGUGCGAGUGAAAUCACCCGAGGAGGCCGACGGUCUUUUAGAAGUCUUGGAGAAGCACAAGAAAUAGUUUUUUUUUUCCGGAAAUUUUAAAUUUUUUAUUCUUAUUAAUUUUUGUGUCUAUAUUGUGGUUUUUUUUUGUGCUGGUUAAAGAACAUUUUGAAUUUUUAAA